AGCAGAUCUCCCUACCUAUGGUCUUACGUAGAAAUAGGGAACCGCGACUGACUUUCUAAUUAUUGUAAUUAUUAAUUAUUCGACUCCCUUUUAUCUUACGACGUUUCAACCUUUAACCUUACAUACUACAUGCAUACUACUGAGACUCAAAACUAACGACUUACCUCAUUUUUUUUUUUGGCUUGUCUCCCCUAUAAGAAUGGCAAUGCUAUGCAAGUGAGAGAAUACCGUCAGAUUGCAGGGAAGUCUGGAUCUUCCGUCGAAUCGGUAGACCUAGACUGAACUCGAGGUGCAAUAUAAGCAUCGCGUCCUCUAAUAUUGGAAAUCAUUGACUUUAUAAGGAAUAUGUCUACUCUGGACCACGACGAUUCUGUCUCAUCUACGACAUGGAACCCUCGAACUUCUUCUCUACUACACACACGCCUCAACCCACCAUCCUCUGCAUCUCCUACUACGAACGAUCCCCUACCACCUCCUGAUGCCACUUCUUCCCAUUCUCCCUCUCCCGCCAGGUCGGACUCCGAGCAACCGACUGAUUAUCUCAAUGGAGGACGGCCGCACGAUAACGCCUCCCCCAUUGGCGCCACCUCAUCCUCAUUUCUGGGCCAACCGACGGUUUUGCGAUCUCCAUCACCCCUGAGGAAUUCCGAGGUCCAAGUAUCGGAAAGAGAUGCUGCCGCACAUGAAGAGCCGACCUCUCCUGGACGACGUAGUGUACAAUUUGCUCGCGCCGACGUUGUAGUUGACCCUCCACGCCAACAUGUUAGACAUGGAUCAUGGGACGAAGGGGACCCGAGAAACAGAUCUCGCAGCGAGAGGUGGAUUUCAAAACUAAGAUCAACGUUGGGUAACUCGGGGACCAUACAGCCACCCCGGUCUCCAGGAGUCCCUGAACAGACAUCCUAUUCGGUUAACGCGUCUCCCGUCGCAGGCAGAUCCUACCGUGUUCCCGAUACUUUAGAUGAGGAGGAGGGAAGUGAUGCCGAUGUGGAGGCGAGCGCUGACGAAGGUCAUGAUAGAGACGCACCUAAGAGUAAAAGGAGGAGAAUGCGACGUCGCCUUAAGCAGUUAGAAAUGUUCACCGCCCCGAGCUCUCCCAGGCCCCCCGAUGACCUCGAUUCUCCGAGACCAAGCCGCCUCAAUACCAUGGUCAGACGCUCGACGAUGCCCGAACCCGCUGAGCAUCGUGGUGGUAUGUCUGAGGGAGAGGGUCGCGACCACUUAACGGGUCGAAGGCCUACGUGGACGCGUGGCAGUUCGUGGAUUGGUUCGCCACGGGCCGGAAAUCCCUCGACUGAAGAUGCCGAGAACGUGCAACCCCGUACCCCUGGCCACCGGCGCCGCAUCUCUGAGAUGUUUGGCGCAGGUGGGACGUCUGAUGGCGGUGACUGGUUAGCAACACCGAGACGUCCGUUCUUGGGUGCCGAUCGGGCUGCAACGUUUGGUGUGCAAAGGUGGAAACAGGUAAAGCACACGCUGAAAAUGUUAGGGAAGAGGAAGACAGACCAAUUUGAUUUUUACAAGUCCGCCGAACUCAUGGCCGAAUUGCGAGCCGUGACGCCGGCCGUUGUCAUACUUGCUAGUAUGCUGCAGAGAGAUGAACAUGGGAACAAACGCAUACCAGUCCUCCUAGAACAACUAAAUCUACGAGUUGUAGACAGCCGUCCUGAAGAUAGCACCAGUGAAAGACACACCAUAUUUACGAUCGCUCUGGAGUACGGGAGUGGAUUGAGCCGAAUGAGAUGGACUGUCACUCGUAGCGUUAGGGAGAUCUGGAACAUCCAUUGGAAGUACAGGCUUUCUCUGAAGAAUGAUAUCUCACUUCAAACUACCACGAAUCAACGGAAUCGUCCAAAGCAGCCUCGAUUUCCACGAAAAGCAUUUCCUUAUCUGAGAACUUACCAAAACCUAGAGGAGUCCGAUGAUGAAGAGAAGCCACCAGGAACCAGGGCUGACGAGACAGUUGCUGAGGGUACUGCGGGAGAAGGGACUGCCGCCGAAGGCACGGCUAGUGAUAAUGAUAGACGGCCGAACGCUCACAGGAAGAGGUCACGUAUCAACACAUUUUUGCCACGACGGCAAUCUUCGGGGCUUGGGGAAAACGGCGAAACGUCACUGGCUAGUAUCCAGAAUUCCGCUGCCUUGAAGAAGAAAUACAUCGAGCGGCAGAGGAAAACUCUAGAAAAAUACCUGCAGGAGAUGGUGCACUGGCUCAUGUUCCGUGCUGACAGUAAUCGUCUUUGCAAAUUCUUAGAGCUCUCUGCUCUCGGCGUGCGGUUGGCUGCGGAGGGUAGCUUUCAUGGGAAGGAAUGCUACCUGCACAUACAAUCAACCAAAGGUAUUGACUUCAGGCGAGUGCUUAGUCCGCAAAAAGUCAUAGCACGUCACAGUCGUAAAUGGUUUCUUGUGAGGCAGAAUUAUGUCGCAGUCGUCGAGUCGCCGGCAACUAUGAAUAUAUACGAUGUCUACCUCGUGGACCCUCUGUUCCGUGUCGUAUCCAAGAAAAAUACCCUCAAGAGAUUUGGCGCGAAAUUGAAAGUUGAGGUGGAAAGAGGAGGAGGUGAUAACGAUGAUAAUCAUCUCACCGAUGACGAGUCUCGCGGGAAACAUCACACCCUGAAGCUAUAUUCCGCAGAUCGGAAGAUCAAGUUGUUCUCCCGCAAUCAGACAGUACUACGUCAGUUCGAAGAGUCUGUCGUCGACAUGUUGAAGCAGACUCAGUGGCAUGAGCGUCACCGAUUUGAUAGCUUCGCCCCCGUACGAAAAGCGGCAUUUGCUCAGUGGUUGGUCGACGGACGAGAUUACAUGUGGAAUGUCUCUCGUGCCAUAAGUAUGGCACAAGAUGUCAUCUACAUCCACGAUUGGUGGUUGAGCCCUGAGCUAUACAUGCGGCGACCAGCCUGCAUUAGCCAGAAGUGGCGUCUGGACCGUCUACUUCAGAGGAAAGCCAGAGAAGGCGUGAAGGUAUUUAUCAUCAUAUAUCGAAACGUGGAACAGGCCAUACCGAUAGACUCGGAGUACACGAAGUUCUCGCUUCUUAACCUCCACGAUAAUAUUCUUGUCUUGAGAUCACCAAAUCAAUUGAAGAAAAACCAGUUUUUCUACGCACACCACGAGAAGGUUUGUAUUGUCGACCAUGACGUGGCUUUCCUCGGUGGCAUCGAUCUUUGUUUUGGCCGGUGGGAUAACCCGCAACACCCAAUCACGGACGAUCGACCAACGGGUAUGGAACCGGACGGGGACCGCCCCCGUGAUGCAGAGCACUGCCAACUUUUCCCCGGCAAGGAUUACUCGAACCCGCGCGUCCUUGACUUCUUCAAGCUCAAUGAGCCUUACGAGGAGAUGUAUGACAGGAGCAAGGUCCCGAGGAUGCCCUGGCAUGAUAUUGCUAUGCAAGUUGUUGGCCAGCCGGCCCGUGAUCUCACUCGUCAUUUUGUACAGCGAUGGAAUUACUUACGACGUGAGCGGAAGCCCACUCGGCCGACGCCGUUCUUGCUUCCUCCCCCAGACGCCAAUCCAGUUGAUCUCGAGGCUCUCGGACUUUCCGGAACGUGCGAGGUCCAGAUCCUGCGUUCGGCGGGCGAUUGGUCCCUGGGAUACCCGAAAGACUUGAGGGAACAUAGUAUACAGUCAGCAUACGUGAAGCUUAUCGAAGAAUCCGAGCACUUCGUUUACAUGGAAAACCAAUUCUUCAUUACGAGCACCGAGACAAUGAACACAAGAGUGGUAAAUCGCAUCGGCGAUGCCCUUGUCGAGCGCAUCAUCAGAGCUCACGAGAAGGACGAAGAAUGGCGGUGUUGUAUUCUGAUUCCCCUUAUGCCCGGUUUCCAAAACACAGUAGAUCAGGCAGAAGGGAGCAGCGUACGUUUAAUUAUGCAAUUCCAGUACCGAAGCAUCUGCAGGGGGCCGAACUCGAUCUUUGGCCGUUUACAAGCAGUGGGCAUAGAGCCGGAAGACUAUAUCUCGUUCUUCAGCCUGAGACAGUGGGGCCAAAUCGGCGCUCAUAGUCAACUGGUAACGGAGCAACUAUAUAUCCAUGCUAAAACUAUCAUCGUGGAUGAUCGCGUGGUCCUGAUAGGAUCGGCCAAUAUCAACGAGAGGUCAAUGUUGGGAAACCGGGACUCGGAGGUUGCCGCUAUCGUUCGAGAUACUGAUAUGAUGUGGUCGACGAUGGCUGGCGAAACUUACCGAGUCGGUCGGUUUGCCCACACCCUUCGUAUGAGGCUGAUGAGGGAACAUCUUGGGCUUGAUGUAGAUGAGAUAACAGAAGAGGAGAGACAAGCAGAGCUCAGUGCGGAAGCGAAUUUCGAGGCUGAAAUGAGUCAAAUAUAUGGAGAUGAUGAUGAAGGCCCGACCGUAGCUAAUGCGGGACCGAGUACAUUCCACCGGGCGACAAGUUUUAACCAUGAUGUCGCCACGGAAGAACGUGGUCGCUCAUCUUCCGCCUCAUCCUCGCCGUCCUCCUCAUCCAGUUCGAGAGGCAAGUCGCCAGAACGUGACCCCCGGAUACACGGAAAUGAGAAACAUGAUAGGGACGUUGAGGGCUAUGGCCCGGAUCAUUGGAAAGCAGCGCAAGCCAAAGGGAUUGAUUUGGGGAAUGAUUCUGCUGUUAUUAAUGGACACGAGGUCCUUGUUCACAGAGCUGGCCAUUCUAAUAUACCGGACACAAAACCCGGUGAACCGCAUCCAGAAAGCUCUUCCAAAGGUUCAUCUCAACGUGAUCUUGGCAAGGGCAAUGAAGAACUUCCCCCGGUCCGGCUGGACCCUCCAGCCAGGCCACAGUUACCACAGCAUGGACAACUUUCACCAUUACCGGUGCUGGAUGAUACUGAUAUAGGGGGUCCCCCAAUGCGCCUAGACGAGUUCGGGAAGCCUACGAAUGAGCCACUGAACCUCCUGGUUGCAGAUAUUGUGCCCGCUCGAGUCGACAAGGACUGUAUGCGCGACCCAGUUAACCCUGCGUUUUGGGAUGAUAUCUGGACGAGGGUUGCAUCGAAUAACACCAAGUUGUAUCGCCGAGUUUUUAGAUGUAUGCCUGACAGUGAUGUAACUACAUGGAAGGAAUAUAACGAAUUUGAGGACUAUGCGCGUCGAUUCAAAGAAGGUAUGGCGGGUUUUAGGAACGACGAAUCUGAAAUCAGUCCCCAAAUGAGUCACCUUGGUGGAGCGGCAGCAGGCAUUGCAGCAUCCGCUGCGGCACAAGGAACUCCUGGAACUUCCGAGAAGCUUCAGAUUGACCAGCACAACGAGAACAAUCCAAAGGUUAUCAUAUCCAACGGAAACACAGGUGCCCUGAACGAAAAGAUGUCCAUGUCUGAAGGCGGCCAUGUUCCGGAGAGCGCGAGAUCUGAUCUCGGCGUCGAGGCGGAAAAGGUUCCUACGAAGAAUUCUAUCGAACCACCUUCGCCAGUACAACCCGCCGGAGAUAUUCCGUUCCCAUCAUACGAUGGCCAAGUUGACACCGCGCACUUGGAUCCUCAAAGCGAGAAACGAGACCGGAGGGCGACAUUCUCGUCAUGUGAGAAACCAGCACCGGAAUCCGGAACCACGACAAAUCCCUAUAAUCACAACUCGACGAGACGUCGCCGACGAGCCACUACUAAGGGUAGUCGACGAGGGCCCGUCUUCCCGUAUGAGCUUCUCAGCCGCGAUGAGGCAGAUGAGCUUUGUGGUAUGAUCCAAGGAACACUUGUUCAAUUCCCCUAUGACUGGCUUGAAGCCGAGGAGAAGGAUAACCACUGGCUAUACCAAGCCGAUUUGCUGGCACCUAAGGAAAUCUAGUACGUUCUAAUUUGCGCUUCCCCUAAUAAGUUUGGAGAACGCCGUCCAAGUAACUAACCCAGACUCAUAGUGACUAAAAUGCCCCUUCCAUUC